UGAACCCUACGGCGUCAUGGCGGAGGCCGGUUGUCGGAAGACCCUGGAUUGAAAUGCCAGCUUUCUACAAUCGUAGCUGACCGACGAGCACUAGACUUUGCUUACAUCUAAAACGAGAAAGGGGAUUUACUUACUUUGUCGGGGAAGAGGAAAACCUAAACUGCACCAGUUUUACCAAACGGAGUCGUCUCUGCUCUCCCUAACUGGGAGAGAGCUAGCUAGCUAGCUAGCGUAAGGUAGCGUUAGCUACCAGCCGCUGCUAGCUCACUAGUUAAAUAAAAGAAGAAAGGACCUCUGAAGUGGAAGGCGGAUUUAAACAUCAGUUUCAUUUGAGUUUGACAGGUUAAACACGUUUGACAUAAUACUACAAGUUGUAAGGGGGAAGUCUAUAUUCUGGACUUCAACAUGGCUGGACGCAGUGAGGAUGAAAGCGUAAGCAACAGCAGUGGAGAAUCAAGUAACUCUGAUGAUGAAUCCGGUUCUGGAUCGGGCUCCGCAUCAGGGUCCGGCUCAGGUUCCAGUUCCAGCUCCUCCAGCAGCAGCAGCCAAUCAGGAAGCAGUGACUCAGGAAGCGGCUCAGACUCUGGCAGCCAAUCAGACUCUGACACAGAAAAAUCCAAGGAGAAGAUAGAACCGCCAAAUAAGUCAAACAUUGAUGGAGCUGAGUUCUGGAAGUCCAACCCAAGUAUCCUUGCGGUGCAAAGGUCUGCUAUGCUCAGGAAACAGCAGCUUCAGCAGCAGCAGCAGCAGCAGCAGCAUCAACAGCACCAUAGACAAAGCUCCUCAAACAGUGGAUCUGAUGAGGACUCGUCAAGUAGCGAUGAAUCUGACUCUUCAAGUGGAUCCAAAAGGAGAAGAAAUUCAGGCUCCUCUGACUCUGGAUCAGGUUCUGGAUCCGGCAGCGGUUCUGGAUCAGACUCAUCCGCAGAGGACAACAGUGACGAAACGGCCUCAGACUAUGAGCCCAGUCACAAAAUCAAAAGUAGAAAACCUCCAACAAAGAUGAAUUUUCGGAAUGGGAAAAAAAGCAGCGCCCAGAGGAAGAAAACAAAGAAGUGCUCUUCUUCUGAAGACGAGGAUGAUAACUACAAGAAGGUGGCGUCCGCAGGGCCACGGCGGCAGGCCACAGUUAACAUCAGCUACAAGGAGGACGAGGAACUGAAGACGGACUCAGAUGAUGUGGUGGAAGUUCUGGGUGAAGAUGUUCCACAGCCCGAGGAAGAUGAAUUUGAAACACUGGAGAGAGUAAUGGAUUGCAGAACAGGAAGAAAAAGAGCAACAGGAAGUGUAACCACUGUGUAUGCUGUAGAAGCAGACGGGGACCCCAAUGUCAACUUCAAUCCCAACAAAGAGGCGGGCGACGUCCAGUAUCUGAUAAAGUGGAAGAACUGGGCCCACAUCCACAACACCUGGGAGACAGAGGAGACGCUCAAAAUGCAGAAUGUCAAGGGCAUGAAAAAACUGGACAACUUCAAAAAGAAGGAACAGGAGAAGAAGAAAUGGUUAAAGGCGGCUUCACCAGAGGAUAUCGAAUAUUUCAACUGUCAGGAAGAAUUGAUGGAUGACCUGCACUCUCAGUACCAGCUAGUAGAGCGAAUCAUAGGCCAUUCAAACCAGAAGUCGGCGGCUGGUUACCCAGACUACCUGUGUAAGUGGCAGGGCUUACCAUACUCAGAGUGUAGCUGGGAAGACGGCGCACUGAUUGCCAGGAAGUUCCAGAAAUGCAUUGACGACUAUAUGAGCAGAAACCAGUCCAAGACCAUUCCAUCCAGGGACUGCAAGGUGCUGAAACAGAGACCCAGGUUUGUGCCCAUGAAGAAGCAGCCAGCUUACAUAGGAGCAGACGGCCUGGAGCUCCGAGACUACCAGUUGGACAGUUUGAACUGGAUGGCCCACUCCUGGUGCAAAGGCAACAGUUGCAUCCUUGCUGAUGAGAUGGGGCUAGGGAAGACCAUCCAGACCAUCUGCUUCCUCAACUACCUGUUUAAUGAGCACCAGCUGUACGGGCCUUUCUUGCUGGUUGUACCUCUGUCUACGUUGACCUCCUGGCAAAGAGAAAUCCAGCUCUGGGCUCCUCAGAUGAAUGUUGUGGUCUACCUGGGAGACAUCAGCAGCAGGAACAUGAUCAGGACACAUGAGUGGAUGCAUGUCCAUAGCAAGAGAAUGAAAUUUAACAUCCUCCUCACAACAUAUGAGAUUCUUCUCAAAGACAAGUCGUUUUUGGGCGGUGUUAACUGGGCCUUCAUCGGCGUGGAUGAGGCUCACCGACUGAAGAACGACGACUCCCUCCUCUACAAAACCAUGAUUGACUUCAAGUCCAAUCACAGACUUCUGAUCACAGGAACGCCGCUGCAGAACUCCCUGAAAGAGCUUUGGUCCCUGCUGCACUUCAUUAUGCCUGAGAAGUUUCACUCUUGGGAGCUGUUUGAGGAGGAGCAUGGUAAAGGCAGGGACUCUGGCUACACCAGUCUGCACAAAGAACUGGAACCUUUUCUGCUGCGCCGAGUCAAGAAGGAUGUGGAGAAAUCCCUUCCUGCCAAAGUGGAGCAGAUCCUCCGAGUUGAGAUGAGCGCUAUCCAGAAACAGUAUUACAAGUGGAUCCUGACCAGGAACUACAAGGCUCUGAGUAAAGGUACCAAAGGCAGCACAUCAGGGUUCCUGAACAUCAUGAUGGAGCUGAAGAAGUGUUGUAACCACUGCUACCUUAUCAAGCCCCCAGAGGACAACGAGUUCCUCAACAGAGCCGAAGCCUUACAGCAACUGAUCCGCAGCAGUGGGAAGCUGGUCCUGUUGGAUAAACUCCUGGUGCGUUUGAAGGAGCGAGGCCAUCGAGUUCUCAUCUUCUCCCAGAUGGUACGGAUGCUGGAUAUCCUGGCUGAAUACCUGAGGAGCCGACAGUUCCUCUUUCAGAGAUUAGAUGGCUCCAUCAAAGGGGAGAUGAGGAAGCAGGCGUUGGACCACUUUAAUGCCGAGGGCUCGGAGGAUUUCUGCUUCCUGUUAUCGACUCGCGCGGGCGGUCUGGGUAUCAAUCUGGCCUCGGCCGACACAGUAGUCAUCUUCGACUCAGACUGGAACCCCCAGAAUGAUCUCCAGGCCCAGGCCAGAGCCCACAGGAUCGGACAGAAAAGACAGGUGAAUAUCUACCGUCUGGUGACAAAGGGCUCAGUGGAGGAGGACAUCAUCGAGAGGGCGAAGAAGAAAAUGGUGCUGGACCACCUUGUCAUUCAGAGGAUGGACACCACAGGGAAAACUGUCCUCCAUACGGGUGCAGCUCCCUCCAGUUCAGCCCCUUUCAAUAAGGAGGAGCUUUCCGCCAUCCUGAAGUUUGGUGCCGAGGAGCUUUUCAAAGAGCCAGAGGGUGAGGAGCAGGAGCCUCAGGAAAUGGACAUUGAUGAGAUCCUCAAAAGAGCUGAGACUCGGGAAAACGACCCUGGACCCUCCACAGUGGGAGAAGAACUGCUGUCUCAGUUCAAGGUAGCCAACUUCUCCAUGAUGGAGGAUGAGGAGCUAGACAUCGACUCAGAGCGUAGUCACCGGAGUUGGGAUGACAUUAUUCCUGAGGAGCAGAGGAGGAGGGUGGAGGAGGAGGAGAGACAGAAGGAGCUGGAGGAAAUCUACCUGCUGCCACGCAUGAGGAAUUGUGCCAAACAGAUAAGCUUUAAUUCAGUCGAGGGCCGGCAGAGCAGGAACAGGAGAUACUCGGGGUCCGACAGUGACUCCCCCUUAGACCGAAAGAGGCCUAAGAAACGAGGACGGCCUCGGACCAUUCCACGGGAAAAUAUCAAGGGUUUCAACGAUGCUGAGAUCCGGAGAUUCGUCAAGAGUUACAAAAAAUUUGGAGGACCACUGGAAAGGUUGGAUGCUAUUGCUCGUGAUGCUGAACUUGUGGAUAAGUCUGAACAAGACCUGAAACGCUUGGCAGAGACGGUUCACAACGGCUGUGUGAGAACACUACGAGAAAACCCCUGUGGAACAGACAAGACCUCAGGAGGAAGAAGAGGGAAGGUAAAAGGCCCAACGUUCAGGAUCUCUGGAGUCCAGGUGAAUGCCAAGCUUGUUAUCUCUCACGAGGAAGAGCUGGCCCCUCUCCACAAGGCUAUUCCUGCUGACCCGGAGGAGAGGAAGAAGUAUAUUAUUCCGUGCCACUCGAAGGCAGCACACUUUGACAUUGAAUGGGGGAAGGAGGACGACUCCAGCCUCCUCAUAGGAAUCUAUGAGUAUGGUUAUGGCAGCUGGGAGAUGAUCAAGAUGGACCCGGACCUCAAUCUCACACACAAGCUCCUACCCGAUGACCCCGACAAGAAGCCACAGGCCAAACAGCUACAGACCAGAGCAGACUACCUCAUCAAGUUACUGAGCAAGGACCUGGCCAAAAGAGAAGCACAGAAACAAGCAGGGACGGCCAAUUCACGGAAGAGGAAACCAAGAAGUAAAAAAAGCAAAACCCAGAAGCCGACAAAGACGGACGAGGUGAUGAAGAGUCCGUCCUCAGAUAACCCAUCGGACAAGAGGUCAGAUGAUGAGGAUGAAAUCAAGGAGGAAAAGGAGAUUACACCAGUGAAGCCGCCAAGCAGACGGGCCAGAGCAGACAGGGGGGUGGUGAAGGAGGAGGAAGAGGAAGAGGAGGAGGAGGAGGAGGAGGAAGAGGAGGAAGAGGAGGAGGAGCCUGAGCAGGAGGAGCUUUCUUCAUCGGGGGAGAGGGAGGUCAAAGAAAAAGAGAUCAGAAAAGACAGCAAGAAGGAAAAGAAGGAGGAAAGUUGGGACGGGAAAGAGACGAAGGAGCCCAAGGAGAAAAAAGAAACAAAGCCUCUGGAGGCGGUACACAAACAAGAGGAGAGCAUGGACAAGAACGAAGUAAAAACCGAGGUACGAGAACGGACGAAGAAAGCCUCGGAUGUGCCGGUCCACAUAACAGCAAGCGGAGAGAAUGUGCCGAUAUCCGAGGAGUCUGAGGAACUGGACCAGAGGACGUUCAGUGUGUGUAAGGAGAGGAUGCGGCCGGUGAAAGCAGCCCUGAAGCAGCUGGACAGACCGGAGAAGGGCCUGUCGGAGCGCGAGCAGCUCGAACACACAAGGCAGUGCCUCAUCAAGAUCGGAGACCACAUCACCGAGUGUCUGAAGGAGUACUCGAACCCUGACCUCAUCAAACAGUGGAGAAAAAACCUGUGGAUAUUUGUUUCCAAAUUUACGGAGUUUGACGCCAGGAAGCUACAUAAACUGUAUAAGCAUGCAAUCAAAAAAAGACAAGAGAACGCCCAGGCAAUGGAGCAGAACACUAGAAGUAUCAACACUCAUGGCUAUAAACAUGCAGAUGUUGAAAGGCUGAGGGACAACUCUCACCAGGACGACAGCAGCAGGGACAGCUACAGCUCAGAGAGGCAUCAGGCUUCGGGUCGAUACCACGAGAGCAGUAGCAGCAGCAAGGAGAGACACAGCUCGGAGUCCCACAGGAAGACAGCAGGGGGGGAGUCCAGGAAGAGACCUUACUCCUCCUUCAGCAACGGCAAAGACCACCGAGACAGAGACCACUACAGACCAGACAGCAGGGACAGGGACAGGGACAGGGACAGAGACAGACAGGACAGAUACUACAACGACAGUAAGCACAGGAAGCUGGAGGAAUUCCGCACCGGUAGAGACCAUCGGCUGGACAUAAAGGAUUAUUCCCAUUCCGACCAGCGCUCUUCCUACCGCUACCACUCGGACUGGCAGACGGAGCAGCGAGCCUCGGCCAGCGGGCCCCGCUCUCCCCGAGACCAGCGCUCGCCCAUGGGGCACCGCUCCCCUUUCGACUACUCGUCGGACCACAAGAGCACACCGGAGCAGAUCUGGAGCAGCCGCAAGACAUAACAGGAGCUGCCCGGGUCUGCUAGUAGCAGCCAUAGACUCAAAGCAAAUGCCUUACAAGGGACUGUUGACUCCAACCUGAAGUCUGUUUGAAGCACUGUGUUAUCCAGUCAGUUCAGCAUGACUGUCAUCUCCACACACCUUCAGCUCAUCUCGGAAACCUGGGAGAUGAACGGGGCCAGGAACGGGCGGCUCAAACCAGGUUAGCAGAUUUUAAAAAAAAAAAAAUCAAAAAAAAAAAAAAAAAAAAAAAAUCAAAUCAUAUUUUUAUAUUUAAGAGUCUAAAGCUGCGUAGGCUGGACAGUGUGCAGCACUACUUUUUUUUUUUUUUUUUUUUUUUUGGUUCCUGUUAUUUUUAUAAACUUUUUUUAAAAAUUCUGGAAAUUGACACAAUUGACCCUGAGUGCUGCCUCAUACUUCCCUCACCAACCCAUGACACUGGAUCCUGUAUUUGACUGUUCUCUAUGUUCGUCUGUCUCUCUCUCUCUCUCUCUCUCUCUCUGUCUUCUCUAUCAUGCUUUUCAUGUGAUCACCCAGCUUAUUUAAGUGUGACAACUGGACGAGAAGUCGGUUGUCACACGGAUCACAUUACAGGUCGAAUCCAGUCUGGGCUCAGGCUCACCACCUGAAGUACCUCAUUUAUACAUCAUUUCUCAUUUUCCUCAGUAGGUUUAUUAUUUUUUUUUUCCACCAGGUGUGAAUUAUUUAAUAACAUAUCUUAGCUGUAAAAAAUAACUUGGAUUUUUGUUUUGUUUUUUUUUUUAGAGCGACUUAUAUCAUGUUUUUUUGUUCUUCAGUAAUACUGUUGUAAAUUGUUGUAAAAUAGUAAAUCAGUGGUCUUUUUUCCUCAGGCUUUUUGGAUUUAUGAUGACUCUACUUUUCCCCCAUCGACUCAGGCUUUUUUGUCAUUCUACUAUUGACUAUGUACAAUAGUUAUUUCCCGAUAAAUGCUUUCAGAAUGUAACUUUUGGUAAAGGGAAAGUUCUUAAACGAUACUCAGUUUUUAUUCACUAGUGCUUAGUUCUUUUGUCUCAGUGGAAUCGAGCGAGUUGGAAGGAAGCGACUUUUGUAAUCACAGUCUACAGACAGAGGGAGGUCUUUCCAUAGAAGCUCCUGUUAGACCAGAAAUAAUCUUUUUUUUUUUUCUUUUUUUUUUUUUUUUUACAUUGUUUUCUUUACCUUUCUUUACAUUUUCUUUUCUGUGUAGGCAAUAAUAAUAAUGUUUCUAUGCAGCCAAGUAUAUUUGUGGUGAACCACCCAAACUGAAUGAAGUCACUGUUACAGUUCACACUGUUGUACAUACAUUUCCUCUAUUUCAAAAAUGAAUUUACACUGAAAGUGCAUGAAUUUUUAUGAACCGUUUUAUAUAGUUGUUUAUGAAGCCAUUAAAAAUCAAUCAGUGUACACACUCGUACCAACU